AUGUCUCUGAAACUUUCACGUUUGGCUUUGAGGGAUAUUGUUGAUGUGAGAUUACGUGAGGUUCAAGAAAGAUUAAAUGAUAAACAGAUUACUAUUGAUAUUGACGGACAUGCAAAAGCAUGGUUAGCAACAAAUGGUUAUGAUCCUGUUUAUGGUGCCAGACCGCUUAAUAGGUUGAUUCAAAAGAAGAUACUUAAUCCUUUAGCAAUGAAUUUAAUAGAGAAAGCUCCAAGAGUAUUUUCAUUAGAAAGCUUUAAUAUUAAUGGCACAAUUUUAUUUUAUGUUUUAAAAAAAAACGGUGGUAAAAUUGAUAAUAAGAGACAGGGGUAUGUUGAAGCUAUAAGAGAAAAUGAAAAAUUUGUCACUUAUUAUAAGGCACAAAACAUUAUUCCUGAUGAAGAUGAAUGGAAUAAAUUUAUGGAAUUUAAUAAAUCAAACCUUCCUACAUGUUUCAGAAUUACUGGGUUUAGAAGUCACUCAUUUGAAUUAAGAGAUUUAAUGAAAACCAAAUAUUUUCCAAAAAUAAAUGAAAUUCAAUUUGGUGAUGAUCAAAAAUCAGAAGCUCCAAAACCUUUGCCUUGGUAUCCUGACGAACUUGCUUGGCAACAUUUAGCUCCAAGAAAUACAAUUAAAAAAGAUCCUGCUUUCCAAUACUUUCAUAAAUGGUUAGUGGCUGAAACUGAUGCGGGUAAUAUUAGUAGACAAGAAGCUGUUAGCAUGAUUCCAACAUUAUUAUUAGAUGUUAAACCACAUCAUUGGGUAUUUGAUAUGUGUGCUGCUCCUGGAUCCAAAACUUCUCAAAUUAUUGAAGCAAUUCAUGCAAAUGAUUCACAGGAAAUCAAGAUUCCAUCUGGUAUUGUGAUUGCUAAUGAUGCUGAUUCAAGAAGAAGUUAUAUGCUUAUUCAUCAAACAAAAAGAUUAAGAAGCCCAUGUUUGGUGGUAACAAAUCAUGAUGCAGCACAAUUUCCUAUAAAAAUUUUACUUCGUGGAGCUCAAUUACUCAAAGAAAAUGGGCGUAUUGUUUAUUCAACAUGCACUUUUAAUCCAUUAGAAAAUGAGGCAGUUAUAGUAGAAGUUUUAAAAAGAUGUAGAGGAAAUUUAGAAUUAGUAGAUGUAUCUGAUCAAUUACCACAAUUGAUUAGGACACCUGAUGGUAACUGGGUGGAUAAAAUACAAGAUAUUGAUAAAAAUUGUCAAAAAAAUUAUCCUAAAUCACUUUGGCCACCCAAAGAUAUUGAUGAAUUUCAUUUGGAAAAAUGCAUACGAGUUUAUCCACAUUUUCAAAAUACAGACAAAUGUAAUUUGGUGCCGCCUUUGAAAGAAUUACCAUCAGUAUCAUCAUCAUCAACUGAUAUAAUAAAAAGCAAUAUUGAAGAGUCAUCUAAACGUACAAAAGUUGAAAAAAAUAAGGCAAAGUCAAACAAUAAUAUCAAGAAGAAAGAAAUAAAAGUUGAAAAAGAUGACUCUUCAAGUAAAAAUUCUUUAAGCGGAGAAGAACCAUUUAUACUUUUAUCUCCUGACAAUGAAGAAAUACCAAUAAUAAAAAAUUUUUAUGGGUUAUCAGAUGAAUUUCCUGUAGAUCAAAUACUUGUUCGUUCAGAAACUGAAAAGAAUAAAACAUUGUAUUUAGUCUCAAGUGCUGUAAAGACCCUAUUACAAGCAAUUAAUACACAAAAACUUAGAAUAGUAAAUACCGGAGUAAAGUUAUUUACAAGACAUGAUACAUAUGAUGUAGUAAGAUGUAAUUUUAGGUGCAAUGCUGAAGGGAUUUCCACAAUAUUUCCUUUUCUAUCUUCAAAGAGAGUCAUUAAUCUUGGAUUAAAAGAAUUGGAGAUUUUAUUAUCUGAACCAAAUCCAUUAUUUAGUAAAUUUGAUGAGGAUGUUAAUGAAAGAAUAAAAGAACUAGUUAUAUUAGAUAAUUUCACCGAUUAA